AGGUGAAUUACUUUUAUACUAUUAAAUAUGGUAACAAAACUCACUGCAUUCCAUACAAAUGUGCGCAACAAGGCUACAAAGAAAACUAAUGGGACUGUAGCGAAUGCGUUGAUGUCAAAAUCGGGGGUGUGAAGUAGGUUUCUAUUGAAGGGUUGAUCGAGAUGGUAAUGGCUCUAUAGUAUUGGAGAAAAGUUGAUAAAACUGACCCUCCGUUACAUCGUGGCGUGUCAUGUCGUUACGUACAGCACGCAUAAAGCAACUAUUUCUGUCUUACAAUCUCUCUCCACCAGGUGUAGCACUUCUAUCAUCUUUUAAAAACAAGAAUUGGACAGUGACGGGGGUAAGGGGGAGAUAUACCAAGUCAUUUUUUGCAUCAUCGUUGCAUGCGAUCAUCAUUCUCAAAGCCGCGGUUUACUUCUAAGAUCACUUUAGCACCGCCCUAAAAACUGAUGCAAAUUUGACACAAACCAUCAAAUGGGUAUGUAAUGACACAUUGAUAUCAAAAUAUUUACCCCUGAUACCAACCUUGGUAGAGCAUCCUACUGGAAGCUAAAUAGCUCAUUAUUAAAUAAUGAUAUAGUUAAAUUUGAGGUUAAAGAUCUGCUCUCACACUUUUGGGAAAGGGCUUGUGAAGAAAAAUCUUAUUGCAAGAACUGGGAGUUCUUUAAAUGUGAGGUGUCCAAAUACCUUAGAAAAUAUGGUAGUAAUCUUGCUAAGACCUGAAGAGCUGAGGAGGAAAAGGUGAUCAUUAAGAUAACUUCCCUUUCUCAGAGUCCCCAGCCAACCUCUCCGGGGAGGAGAAGAUGGAACUAAUUGAGUUACAAAAUAAACUGGAAAAUAUAUAUAAAUUAAAAGCAGAAGGAGCCUCUAUUAGAUCUAUGAGAAAAUGGAUUGUGGAGGGAGAACAGAAUGUAUCCUAUUUCUCUAGACUUGAUAAAUUCCACUCUAAAAAUAACACUAUCCAUAUGUUAAACAUUGAUGGUGUUAUUACAGAUGACCAAAAAAUUAAUCGCUAAAUCCUGUAGCAAUUUUUACAGAAAAUUGUAUAGCUCUACGUAUUGUCAGGAAUCCACAGAUAUGUUUUUUUAAAUCACUAAAUAAUGUUCACUCUAUCAGUGAUAUCGAAUCUAAACAGUGUAAUGAACCCAUCGAAGUUGAAGAGAUUAUAGUCUAUCAAACAUCUAAAGAACAAUAAAUCACCAGGUGUUGAUGGAAUUACAUCAGAAUUUUACAAAUUAUUUUCUGAACAAGUAGCUCCCUUCCUAUUUGAAGUCUUUUUAGAGAGUAUUAAAAACAAUGUUCUCCCUCCUACAGUGAGUCAGGGGUUAAUAACACUGAUACCUAUAAACCUAAAAAAGAAGUGCUGCUCAUCAAUAACUGGCGUCCAAUUUGUCUUCUUAAUAAUGACUAUAAGAUAUUAAUUAGCCUUACUACUUGCAAAAAUAAUUAAAGAAGUCCUGAAUGCAAUACUGGAAGUAUUACGUUUGUGGGGCGCUAAAAUAAGGGCAAUUGUACGGACCAAGGCGAUGUAGGAGUUUACGUUACUCUUAUUUUUACAUUUUACCCAAACCUUGACCCGGACGUGCUUUUUUAGUGUUGCUGACGACACACUAAUUAGUUUCUGGAUGUACCGUUGUUGUUGCCAUUUCCACAUUUAUUAAUUUUUAUUGCAUGUUGAUAUACUGCUGUAUGUUGUUAGAUUUGUUGUUUGUUAUCCAUACAUACAUUUGAUAACAACUUUUCCAUCAUGGACAAACGAGUCAAAGCUUCUGUCAGUACGGGUCCCCCUCUUCCUCUCUCCUCUUUGCGACUAUUGGUUUCUCCCCUGCGGCUGAUGUAUUCAUUUGUAUGGCAUGUGGUGAAUCAACGCAAUGUGAUGCACUAUGGGAAGGUCGAGGAGUUUGUAACUGUGGUGACUGAAGCUGUUCCAAAGUUGCUGAGUUACAAACAGAGGGCUCAACUCAUCCUGGGCCUGAGAGCAAGGAUGAUCUUGGAGAUGUUCCGCAAGGGUUGUCCACCUAACCCUCAGGCCAUCCAAAGUCUCCUGGGAAACAUGAACAUCAGUGCAUCCUCAGGGCAGCAAGAUGUGGAAGUGGAGGAGUCGCAGGCUAACUUUGUGUCGCUGGUCCAAACCCUUUUGAAAAACCCUUAUGAGAGGAAGCACUUCUUCCAGGAUGAGUUCCAUACACAGUAUGGCUCCAAGUAUGACACAGCACUGCAGGCCCUUGUGGGAGGCUUGGUCUUCAGACUGGAACAACUGUUAUCUGUGCCAGAUCUCUCCCAGAUAGCAUCUAUGAUCAGUGCUGCCCCCUCUGACCUGGAGGAGUGUGGGCAGUCUAUGUCUGACCCUGAGCAACUGAAGAUCCUCCUCCAUCACCAGAAAUUGCUAAAUAAAACCCAGUUCAACAGAAAUGUACCUCUCACUUCUUCUGUGGGUGACUGUGUGCUGUCCUCGCUGUCCUUCCGCCUCGCCUGUGGAAGGCCAUCAAUGGAGCCAGAUUUUGACAAGCCAUCAGAAUCAUUAGAAGCCGCUCUAAGUGUCAUGAACCCUGCCUCCUUCAGCGACUUGGAGGAUUUGGGAAUGAUGUCAGAUGACUCGCCCCAUGAUGGAGAAGAUAGUACUCUGCAGAGAGAAGAGGGUGCCAAGGAUAACGGAAGUGGGGCGAAAAAUGCAGUGUGUGACAGUGAAGAAGACGAUGCACUGCCAGAGAGCCCGUCUAGUCCUCAAGGUGUUAGCGGACUAGUGGGAGGGUCACCAUCAAAAGGGGCACCAACAGUAAGGAGUAUGCUGCCAACAGAGAGACACCAACCGCUUGUAUCACUGAUGAGUAGUUCCUUCACCAAAUCCUCUCCUUCACAGAUAGUCAAAUUAGUCAUCCCUGCCACGGUCACCAUUGGGAACCAACCGGGUAACCCACCGGUCAAAGUAGCGAGUUUCCACCAGUGGGUCUCCCACAUUGCAAGUAACUCGAUCUCGCUCCCUUCCUUGCCACCCCUUCCACAAAACAAUGAUGUAGACAAGGAGAUCCGGUCAGGUGACACAUGUCUUGGAAGCAGUGUGUUAAUUGGGGGUCAGGAAACAGAAGCCAAUCUCUUUGAGAGGGCUGUUAUCCGAAGGAGAUGGGCGCCCAAGCCACAAAGAAUAACGGUACCCUCGAAGAGGAAAAUCCCUGAGGCAACCAUAAUUUGCCAGGAGUGUGGGAAGAGUUUUGUCUAUCCGUCUCAGCUGGAAAAUCACCUCCGCAUUCACACAGGAGAGAAACCGUUCAAGUGCACUGAGUGUGGAAGGGCCUUCAGGUCCUUAGGAGGCAUGACCACUCAUAUGAAAAAUCACUCUGAAGCGCGGCCAUUUAAGUGUGAUGAGUGUGACAAGGGCUUUCGGAAAAAGGCUGACCUGAAGAAGCAUCAGCUCAUCCACACGGGUGCGAAACCACAUAAAUGCACCAUCUGUGGAAAGGGCUUCAGCCAAGCAUUCUAUUGCAGAAUACACAUCCAGUCUCAUGCAAGUGAAAAUAACUUUCCCUGCACUCAUUGUCCGAAGAGAUUCCCAACCCAAUACAAGCUGUCUGUCCAUGAGCGCUGGCACACCAUGGAGCGCCCGUUCAUCUGUGAGCAGUGUGGGAUGCGCUUCUUUCAUCCCAGUGGGCUGAAGAGGCACAUGGGCUAUCACAUUGGGAACCGCCCGUUCCUGUGUGCCCAGUGUGGAAAGACUUUUGUUUAUGAGUUUGACCUGAAGAAACACCAAAGGGACCAUGGCCCCAAGCCCAAGAUCCCAUGCCCUGUCUGUCAGAAGGUGUUUGGCAGCAACGGACUCAUCAAGGCCCACAUGUUUACACACACCUCUGUAAAACCUUACAGAUGUGACAUAUGUGACAAGACCUUUAAACAGAGCAGCAGCUUGAGCAGUCACAAACGGCUGCACACGGGUGAACGGCCUUACCACUGCGACAUGUGUGGGAAGACGUACAAGCUGAAUCAGCACCUGAAGGAGCACAUAAUUAUCCAUCACACGGCGGAAGGGCACCCUUGUGACCAGUGUGGAAAGGUCUUCAAGUUACCACGUCUUCUGAAGGCGCAUGAGCGGUUGCACUCAGGGGAGCGAUCUGAGCAACCAAGGAAAUACAGUCACACCAGCCGUCGCAGGAGAAAUUCCUCCAAAAUGAGUUGAUUUUCUGCACAUUGGCUGCCUUCCACACACAUUGACUGGGAUGCUAUUUUUAAUGUCCUGACAAAUUGCCAAUAGCUGUAAUAAUAUUCCUCAUUUUUUUGUUGUAGACUUUAGAUUUUGGACCAUUUUGGACCAUAAUUCAGGAUAUCCUAAAUAGACGGAACACUGAAAAAUAGUAUAAUGUCUGGCUUAGUUAAUGCAGCAACAAACAUGUCUCCUGUUAAAUAAUAAUUUGUGAUUGUGUCAUUAAAACGUAUUUAUUUGUUGUUUUUUGUAUAGGUUGAAAUUCUAAUGACAUAAGAUGUAAAUUGACAGCUACUCACUAAUCUCUUUCUGAGAGUAGUCAAUGAUUGCCGGAAGCCUUUACAAAAAAUAUGCACAACAUUUGAUGUUGGAUAAAGGCAAAUAGUCACAAUUGUGUGCCACUACUCAUUUGUUUUGCUAUUUUAUUCACAGCAAGGGAAACCAAAUGUAUGCUGGAACGGUUCUGUGUGAUGACUUUUUAUAAUACAUUUAAAGUGUAUUAAGCCACAAAAUAAAAAUUCAUACUCAACCAAAUAUA